GUUCCAUAUUUGAACGCAAUGCAUUACACUGCUUGGGCGUCAUCGUUUGCGUGAUCUUUUGAAGAAACGUAGCGAUGCAAAACAUGGUAUGGACUACAAUAUAGCACGAUGAAGCCAUUCAUAGCUAUUAUUUCUUUAGAACAACAUGAUCAGGGGAGAGCGCGAACGCAGUCCCCCACUACCAGAAAUUAUGCAAUCGAGAUUCCCACAUUUGGGGAGUUCGCAGACGUGAGAGCCAGGCGAGUGCAUAGGAGUCUACACUUGUCUACACUUGUCUACACUUGCCGGCCGCUAAUUGGCCAGGAGUCUACACUUUCCGGCCCAGGAGUCUACACUUUCCUCCGAAAGUGUAGACAAUGGCGGCCUCCCAUUGGCGCGGUGUCUACAGUUCCCUAGAGCCCUCCCCCUCCCCGACGGUGGCACUUGACGCUCUCCGAGCGAUUUCAGCCGAAUGGAAAAAAGUAAAAAGUCACCACCGUUUCACCCGGUAAGAGUCGCAUUCCUACUAAUAUUACUAACUAAUAUGUUCGGCUUGUGCUUCUCGUUCCCACCGAGUGCUUUUCAUUCAUCAUAUCUGUCGUACCUAGCUUAUUAAUGUAUUUUUGCCCCUUUUUUCUUCCCACUCACUGCGGAGGCUACUUUGCCCUAAUACAACCAGCCUCGUUCGCUUCAUGUCAACAACUUAGCCAUACAAAACUAUGUUUUUUAAUGUAGGUUUAUUAAAUGACUUUUUCCGUGAAUGAACUUGUUUAUCUUUGGGUUUAUUCAUAUGUUAAUGUGCUGCCGACGGCCAUUCGGCCUCAUUUACAUAGCCAAACUCCGAGUCCGCCAGCGAGCGGAGUUUGGCCUACUCUCGAGACAUUUUGCUUAGUUACUGUUAAAAAGUAUAUCUAUAAAUGUAGGUUGAAAGUGUCCCCGUUAAUGUACUACCAUCGUAUAUUGAUUUAACGUUACGGUCGAUCCGCAAAUCAGUGCCGCGACGCCGGCCAACCCUGUCCGUUCAAAUUUGACCCAUAUUUGUCAUUCAUUUCUCUUAUAAAGCUAUCAUACCUACCUUGACUUAAACUUGCCAAUAUUACAUCAAUAUGUAGCCCACUCGUAUAUUUAUGAAUCAGAAGUCGACAUAGCCAUAGCAGCCCUCAAAAAAAGGCCAAGAAAAAACACUACAGUCCCCCUAGUGUUGUUGUUGCGCCAAUGAAUGUAAAGAAAAACAUGGGCUACAUUUUGACGUUGAUAUUUUGUUUCUAUGAACUUUAAUAAGCAACACAUUAGCUGUAUUUGAGCUGUAUUUGAGGAUGGAUUCCGAAGCAGCGACCCAUUCAGCAGGUUAGUUUAUAACAUUCAUGUUUUGUCUGUAUGGUUAUAACAUGCAUACUUCCAUUGUCUAUACGUUAUGUAUAGCCAGCAGAAGAAACUGCCCAGUGCGUGAAAACACUUAUGUUAUUAUGUCAUCAUUUACAAAUAUAGUAUGAAAUGAAUGCCUGGGGAAAAAGUCCCAAAACACUUUAAACACUUUGGUGAAUAUUUUUUCAGGUACAGCCAGCAGCAGCAGACCGUCUGCGGACCCAUUGCUGCCCGUGCUGCCCAUUCUGGACCCCACUGUGCCCCUGGACAGGCAGCAAUGUGUCCUGAAGGCAACCAAAGAGGCCAGGGCCUUUCACAGGCCCAAAGGCUUCCAAGCCAGCGCCGGUCCCAAGGACCUUCAGAUGGCUUGUGAUGAAGCAAAAAGGAGAUGCCGGCUCGCCACUACUACCAGGCCCUCAAAGAAGCUCUACCUUGGCCAGCUGGUUAUUCCCUUUGGGAAAUAUGCUGGCCAAAGCUUCAUGUGGCUGGUAGCGAAUGAUGUGGGCUACUUAAAAUAUCUGCUUGACCGCCAUAUUGCGGAGAGCCAGGACCCGGGCAGGACAGGAGGAACCAGAGAGAAUGACUGGGUGAAGGACUGUCUCCUCCGUUAUGUGGAGUUUUUCCCCUCAGUCUCCUGCCACCUGGAGAAAAAUGUGGACAGGGCCAUUUAUGGACAGGGUCGCUUUAAGUCCUUCACCUUUCAGGAGAUGUGGCAGUGGUACAGCCUGCACAAGUGCCUUAAUGCCGACCCUCAAGCUGGCAGUGCCCAAGAGAGGAAGAUGGCAGAGGAGGCUUUCUCUUCUGUUCGCCAGUGGCUUGGAAUGAAGGAGGAGGACAUCAGCUCCAAGGCACUGAAGCGCUUCAGGAGAUUUAUUCUCGACAAAGAGAAACAGAAUGCCCCUACUGCAGCUGUACCAUCUUCGUCUGGUCCUGUCCCAUCUGAAACAGUGGUUCCUCCGUCUGCGUCAGUGGUUCCUCCGUCAGCGUCAGCGUCUGCUUCAGUGGCCCCUCCGACAGCAACAUCCCUGUCACCUUGGCACGAUACAUUGUUUUCAGAGGCUCUCGCCACUUUUGAAGGACAAGUGUCUCUCCCGCCCACCUGCUUGACUCCAGGAAGAACCGGCUGAUGUACUGCAUCGUUAAACAGCUCUGGCUUCACCCGGACUGCAGGAAAAAGGCUCGCGGCUCCCCUCUCAAGCACCAGAUCACCACACUCUACCAGCGGGUGCAACAGAGAAUGACCGUGGAUGACGCUGAAAUCAGCAAUCUAGGGAUUCCCAUCCUGAAAAUGAACAACAAAUCUGUUGCUGAGUUCAUAAGGAGACAGGAGCCUUCUCAGCCACAAACGUGACGGAUUGAGGUUUGUCUAUCCUCCAGCGUCCGCAGAGCGUCACCAGCACCAGCCUACCUCCCGCUGCAGAGCUCCCGGAUGAGAGGCCGCACACGGACGGGGCCAGAAGACGAGCUUCUGGCCUCUCAGUCCCAGGCCCCUUAGAGCAGCGCUUGAAUGCUCUGACACUGGGCUCUUUGUAUACAUUAUAUAUAUUCAUAUUUGACAGACACAAUCAUUCGUUUUGUAUUAUAUUUCACUAUGCACCUUAUUUCUCACUGUUUGAAUUUUAUAUUUUAGAGGUGUUUUUACUGUUGUGCUUGCUGUGUUCUUUGUAUAUAUUUAGCAGAUGCAAUCAUUCUUUUUCCAGUUCAUGACAUAUCUUUAUGCACCUUCUUGGAAACUACUUACUAAUUACUUCCUUAAUGUGCAAAUCACAAAUGUCACAACUCAUCAAAAUCUUGUUUUGUGUGUGUAUAUAUAUAGGCUAUAUGCACUUGUUACCUCUGUCACAGGCAUAAUAAUUCUCUUGCACUACGAGCUUGAUGCCUUUUACAUUGAUCUCCAGGACAAGGCUUUAUAUUCUAUAAUGUAUAUUUAAUCUUUAUCUUGGUUGUCAUUGCUGUUUUAGAUUUAGAUUUUAAGCUAAUAUUACAAUUAUUAAUGUUUUUUUACACCUGUGUUUAUAAACCUGUGACAACCUAAUUUAUUAUUGAUAAUGUGAGUUAUUAAAAAAACAAAUUGCACU